UGACAUUAUGAAUGACAAAUUUGCAUUGCAGUUUUUAGGUUAUAAAAAUAAGUUAAAAAUAUAUUAGAUUCUCAAUAAAAAUUUAACAAAAUGCCUUUUAUGAAAGGAAGGGCACCCGUUCGCCGCACAUUGAACUAUUUAAACGCUGGAAGGCUUGUUCUGAAGGAUAAAAUAAAGAUUUUCUCCGUUGCAUACAAUAUUCGUGGAGAUAACAAUAACGGUGCAAAAGAUUUCGUUUUCUGGUUUUUACCUCAAAUCCAGUACAAAAAUCCUAAUGUGCAGGUGGCUACGUUAAAGAACUUGACACCGUCGCCUUUCAUCAAGUGCUAUUUUGAAGAUGGGAGGAAAAUAUUGGUAGAUAUAGACAAUAAAUCGAAAGAAGACAUUUUGGAGCAUUUGAUCAACACUGUAGGGAAAUCUAAAGAAGUUUUAGCGGCGGAGGCACUUGCAGCAGAGAAGAAGGAUAACCCUGCCAAUUUCGGUGUUGGUUGUGAGAGGCCAUGUAUAUGUGAAGUGUAUGGGCAGGUGCCGUGCCCUGGCGUUGUGCCUUUGCCUACAUUUAUGAGAGGCAAGCACAAACAUUCGGCAAAUUAGGUUAUUUAUUUCUAAGGUAUUUUAAUUCCCGAUUUUUUGGGAUUUAUAGUUUUGUACAUAGACUAAAUUUCACAAUGCUUCACAUUUCAAAAUUUUGUUGAAAAAAAUGUAUAUUUGCAUUUUUACACCAAUUUUAUAAACAUUCUGGAUAAAUAAAAAUAUUUCAGUGUUUCCAACUGUGCCUAUAUGGAGAAAUAUAUAAAAAUAAGUAGAAUCCUCAAUAAUAAUUUGAAAAAUUUAUUACAAAAACAGACAAUGUAACAAAUAGUGAACUUAGAUAGUAAUUUGUAAAAUAUAGUAGAAUAAAUUCUUAACAAAU